AUGUUCGUCCAGGAGGAGAAAAUAUUCGCGGGGAAAGUGUUGAAAAUCCACAUCUGCACCAUGGACGGUGCGGAGUGGCUGGAGGAAGUCACGGAGGACACCACGGUGGAGAAACUGAAGGAGAAGUGCUUGAAACAUUACGUUCAUGGAAGUCUAGAAGACCCCAAAACUCUCACCCACCACAAGCUCAUCCACGCUGCUACAGAGCGAGUCCUAACGGACGCCAAAACCGUCGCUGACGAAAACCUCAAGGACAAAGAGGUCCUGCUGCUCAUAAAGAAAAGGCCGCCGCCGACGCCUCCGAAGACGGCAGAGGUUGGUUCAGAUGAAAAGAAGAAACAGGACACCAAAGCUCCAGACAAAGACGCCAUCCUGAAAGCGACCGCCAGCUUACCCACACGGCACACGGACCGCACCGUCACGCAGCACAACAUCAGAGAUUUUCAAACCGAGCUGAGGAAAAUCCUGGUUUCUCUCAUCGAAGUUGCUCAGAAGCUUCUAGCCUUGAAUCCCGACGCUGUGGAGCUCUUCAAGAAAGCCAACGCGAUGUUGGAUGAAGACGACGAGGACCGCGUGGAUGAAACGGCGCUGCAGCAGCUCGCUGAGAUGGGUUUCCCUGAGAGCAGAGCCAUCAAAGCUCUCCGACUGAACCACAUGUCGGUGACCCAGGCCAUGGAGUGGCUCAUCGAACACGUGGACGACCCCUCUGUGGACGCGCCGCUGCCGGGACAGGAGUCGUCGGGGGCGGCGGUGGUGGCCGCGUCGGGAGCUGCGACCGGGGCUGCAGCGGCCGCCACGCCGGCACUCUCAGCGUCCGCCGCCGCCUGCUGUAACCUCCUUCGCAGCCAGUCCAGCUCAGACGAGAGCAGCAGGCAGGACGAACUCACGGAGAUCUUCAAGAGGAUUCGCAGGAAAAGAGAGUUCAGACCAGAUUCAAGGGCCGUCGUGGCUCUGAUGGAAAUGGGCUUUGGUGAGAAGGAGGUGAUUGAUGCUCUGAGGGUCAACAACAACCAACAGGACGCUGCUUGCGAGUGGCUGCUGGGCGACCGAAAACCUUCUCCUGAAGAUCUGGACAAAGGCAUCGACACCAACAGCCCGCUCUUCCAAGCGAUUCUGGAAAACCCGGUCGUCCAGCUGGGCUUAACCAAUCCCAAAACCCUGCUAGCUUUUGAAGACAUGCUGGAAAACCCACUGAACAGCACCCAGUGGAUGAACGACCCGGAGACCGGUCCGGUCAUGCUCCAGAUAUCCAGAAUCUUCCAGACACUCAACCGCACAUAGAGCCAGCCGCCUGGAAAUAUGCCACGAGGACGUCUUAAAAACGCCAAAAACGCCAUUUUCAUCCGAGUGGGUCUUUAAAGAAGUGAAAAGGAUGAGCUUUUUUUUCUUCUUCUACUAAUUUAAAUGAAUAUUUUUGGUUUAUGUUCAAGAAGUAACAAAUAACAACCAGUGGAGAUUUUUUUUAAACAUGUCAAACCAAAACAAAUGUAUAAUUUGCCUUUUUCAUUGCAUCCACCCACUGGAAAAACUGUGUUUCUGUGCAAUAGGAAGGACUUGUGUAAAGUCAUAUAUCUAAGAAGCGUGUGAACUGAAAUGAGUAGCGUGUUAUAAUACGAUAUUAGCUUUUGCGUUGGCCGCUCCAGCUACCAGACCUCGGAGAACUUUGCCUCUGCUAGAACCAAGAAUUAAACAAAACGAAAACAACGGAAGUGGAGAGUGGCGUGUUUUACCAAGCUUAUGAGUGUUUUUAUUCAAUAUUUAAAGUGUAGUAUUGCUGUGAGUUUCUGCUCAGGGAGGCCCAGAUUGUUGUUGUGGUAAACCCUGCUCAGCUCAUUUGGAACCAAACUGUGUAGAACUUUUCCUCACAGAGAAGAGCGCCACAAGACCUGGUUUCAUAAAUGCAAUAUUUGAAAUAUUUCAAUGUUUUAGAGUGACGUGUCUGUUUAAGCAAUGUCUUAUUACAAUAUUUAUAUUGAAGCCAAACCAGUCACUUGGUCUUAUUUAUAGCAUUUUUAACUCAUCUUGAAGCUGAUCAACCAAUGUGAAGAAAUCAAGGAUUCAAGGUGUUGUUACAAAACAUGGACUGAUGGAUCACGGCGGGAUUUCAGGCGGCGCAGCAGCUUGGAACGAGGCGUGAGCUCCAGACGUGUCUCCAAAAGCCUGUCUGCACUGAAAUACUCUGAAUGAAACAUUUGAACGUUGUGCACGCUGCAGGCCAAUGCAGACGGCUUUCAGAACGGCCGAAACAAUGAGCUGGAUUCCCGGAGGACACUGAAGAUAGAAAUGCUGGAGUCACUGGUUGUUGUCACCCCCCCCCCCCCCCCCCCUUUACUCCGCUGUCAUGCAGGAAUUUCCCACUUCAACAACCUAUGCAAUAUUUACUUACUGUCUGCAAAUGCCUCAUGGCUUCUGGCAUCCAGUUCCAUCUCACAUUAAAUCUGUUUGUUUUUGUUGCUGUAUUUUAUUGAUUCUGUUUCAGGGUAAUUCAGUCAGUAAAAUAUAAGAAAUACCAUCAAGAAAUUAGCCAUCAAGCUUUAAAUUAAAACCUUUUAAUCACUGUAUGAGUUAAUGCAUUUAAAAUAGGGAGACAUUCAAAAAUAAAUACAUCUUCAC